GAGUACAUACACCUUCGCCAGUAAAGUUGCGAAUAAGCCGAUAUAAGUCGUGAACCGUCACUGUUACUUUUUUUCCCCUUGGACGUUUACCGUAAAUACCAACCGCUGCAGGUUUUGUAUUGCAUCGCACCGCACACUAUGCCCGGAAGAACGAAGACUCGCGACGAUGCGCCCGAGGAGGUAGACGCCUCUAUGGAGGACGCUCCCACCUCAGCGCAACAGCCUGCGGAAGAGGAGAAUGGCGAUGCUAUGCAGGAGGAUGGAUCGGAAGGCGAAGAGGACCCGUUUGAGGAGGAAGAGGAACCGCAGCGAGUUAGAAUUCUACCUGGAUCGUCUGAGACGGCCGCUUCGUUCGAAUUCCUGAAGGAGGGCCACACGCUCGGCAAUGCUCUGCGAUAUAUAAUUAUGAAGAACCCGGACGUCGAGUUCUGCGCGUACGCCAUCCCCCAUCCCUCCGAAGACAAGAUGAACCUGAGAAUCCAAACAUACGACACGACAACCGCCGCCGCCGCGCUCGCUAAGGGCCUCCAGGACCUAGAGGAUCUCUGCGACGUCGUUGCCGAUGAGUUCUGGACGGAGCGGGAGAAGUUCGAAGCAACGCCGGAGCAGGCUCGCAAGAGGCGGGAAGAAGCAGAGCGAAGAAGACAGGCAGCACAGGCUAGUUAAAAGAAUAUCUCGGGAGACAUCAUGGAGAGAGAGAGAAGAAGAAGAAUGGCAUUUGCGGCGUCCGGAGUACGUAUGAUAGAUAAACAACUUUCUUAGGUCUAGGAUCUUGAUUUUUUUCGGGUCUUGCUAUGUACAAUACAGCGGGACGAUACCCCAUAUCUAGUUGCGACCCUGAGGCACUGUUAGCGGCGAGAUUUCUCUCUUUUUCUUCUUCUCUUUUACUAGCGGUGUCGUAAACAGAGAGAGAGAGAGACUUGACUUGCCUCUAAGAAACUCUGCAUGAAGUUGUUCGGCAAUCUGUUGGCCCCUCGGAAAUGUUCGCUGGGGAAGUAAGACAUGACGUGCGUAGUCUGCUUCCAGUAGUUCAUGGUUUCCUGUCGUAUACCUGAUAUUCGGCGUUGUUCUUCACGAGGAGCACAUCGAUCACCGGUAGCUUGUUGACGU